AUGAGGCGCCUGCUCUGGGCUGGCUGCAGCCAGUUGCUGUCCCGGGAGGCCGGGCUCCGGCACAUGUCCCCUUGCCGCUGGGGCUCACAGUUCAACGUGCCCCCCAGUGCCCUGUCUGUGGCCCGGCCCGUGGGGAUCUGCUCCAUGAUGAAAUUGCCGGUUCAGGCAUCGGCAGAAGGACUGGAUGCAGCUUUCGUCGGCGUCCCUUUAGAUACGGGCACAUCCAACCGGCCAGGAGCCAGGUUUGGCCCACGGCAGAUCCGGGCCGAGUCAGGGAUGGUGAGGAGGUACAACGCCAGCACCGGGGCUGCGCCUUUCGACUCCCUGCGGGUGGCUGACAUUGGAGACGUGAACGUCAACCUCUACAACCUGCCCGACAGCUGCCGCCUCAUCCGAGAGUCCUACCAGAAGAUCGUGGCCUCCGGCUGCGUGCCCCUCUCCUUAGGUGGAGAUCACACCAUAACAUACCCCAUCCUGCAAGCUGUGGCAGAAAAGCACGGUGCUGUGGGGCUGGUGCACGUGGAUGCUCACACCGACACCGGAGACAGGGCCCUGGGGGAGAAGAUCUACCACGGGACGCCGUUCCGGCGCUGCGUGGAGGAAGGGCUGCUGGACUGCAGCCGCGUGGUCCAGAUCGGCAUCCGAGGCUCCUCCUACGACCCCGAUCCUUACAAAUACUGCCGGGACCAGGGUUUCCGUGUGGUCCUGGUUGAAGAGUGCUGGGGGAAGUCCCUGGUGCCACUGAUGGGCGAGGUGAGGAAGCAGAUGGGGGACAAGCCGGUGUACAUCACUUUCGAUAUCGAUGGAGUAGACCCUGCGUACGCUCCAGGCACCGGCACGCCGGAGAUAGCCGGGCUCACGCCUGCGCAGGCUUUGGAGAUUAUUCGUGGCUGCAAAGGACUGAACAUCGUGGGAUGUGACCUUGUAGAAGUUGCACCGAUGUAUGAUGUCUCUGGUAACACAGCCCUCCUGGGGGCAAACCUGCUCUUCGAGAUGCUGUGCGUUCUCCCCAGAGUGAAGACAACGUGA